AUGUCCCAUUCUCCAGCCGCCACCGACGACAAACGCCACUGCCGCACAUUCACCUUCUAUCCCUGCGCCCUGACACUCUCCACGGGCGUCUACUGCACGCCCUACACCACCGGCAGCCUGGACUCCUUCUACACCCUCAUCGAAUCUCUCCCAAACACCAUCAUCCUCGUGCUGCUGAGCGACUGCAACAGCGACGACUGCCAGAACGCACGUCCGCGUGGCAAGACAGAUAGGUUCAGUGUGCCGAAGGUGCCGAGGAUGGUGCGGACGGUAAGGGAGGGCGCGGAGGAGGAUAUGGAGAGUACGGUGUGGGUGAGGGAGAGGAAUAGGGCGUUGUUGGGGGAGGUGGGGUUGGUGCAGAGGGUGAGUGGGGGGGAGGUGAGGAGUGUGGUUGGGGCGCUGCCGGUCUUGGUGGAAUGCUAG